AUGGAGUCAGCCAAACAGACAAUUCACAAGGUCACCCACCCGACUUCGAACCCAAGCAGGGACACCCAGCGGACAGAAAACACUGGCCUGGAGCGAGACAUGGAGCCCAAACCGCAAAAGGUUCAUCUGCCUUCCGAGGGCGGGGACAUCGCGUACACGCCGUCCGGUAAGCUGGCUGACAAGAAAGCUCUCAUCACCGGGGGAGACUCCGGCAUCGGUCGCGCCGUAGCCAUCUUGUUUGCUAUGGAAGGGGCCAAGGUGGCCAUCGCCUAUCUACCAUCCGAAGAAGAGGAUGCGCAGCACACAAAAGACCAGAUAGAGAAGAAUGGUGGGGAGGUCACACUUAUCCCCAGCGACCUGUCCCUAUCGAUCAACUGCGAAGAUGUCGCAAAGAGGACCGUGGAUGCCCUCGGCGGAAUUGACAUCUUGGUAAACAACGCUGCCACACGACAGGCACAUGGUGAUAUUUCUGAUAUAUCUGAGGAGCAAUGGGCGUCCACUUUCCGUGUCAACGUAGACUCCUACUUCCAUCUUACUAAACACCUGCUUCCGCAUUUAUCAAACGGCGCUGCAAUAAUCAAUAGUGCGUCUGUGGACGCUUACAUUGGCGCCCCCAGUCGGCUGGACUAUGCGACGAGCAAGGGCGCCGUCAUCGCGUUCACUCGCGCGCUAUCCAACCAGCUCGUGAAGAAGGGCAUUCGCGUCAAUGCGGUUGCUGCAGGCCCGGUGUGGACGCCACUCCUGGCCACGGGCGUGAGCGAGAAGAGCCAGAAGGGGUUCGGGCUGGGGAACUGGACACCGAUGGAUCGAGUGGGACAGCCGAGUGAAAUUGCCACUAGUUAUGUGUUCCUCGCGUCCCAUGAGAGUGCGUUUAUGAGUGGGCAAACUUUGCAUCCCAAUGGGGGCAUCGUUGUCAAUGGUUAA